AUCCCGGCCGCCGGGGGGCGCUGCGGCCGAGUCUCGCGAUGUUUGGUCGUCCCGUUACACGUCACUUGGGGCCGGAGAGAUGGCGGAGCGGCGCAAGCAGAAGAAGCGGAGUCAGGAGGUUGGAGAACCGACGAAAGAGGAGAAAGUGGUGGCGAAGUACUUACGAUUCAAUUGUCCAACCAAGUCCACCUCCAUGAUGGGCCACAGAGUUGAUUAUUUUGUUGCUUCCAAAGCUAUAGAUUGCUUGUUGGAUUCUAAAUGGGCAAAAGCAAAGAAAGGAGAGGAGGCUGUCUUUACAACCAGAGAAUCAGCAGUGGAAUAUUGUAACAGGCUCCUCAAGAAACAGUUCUUCCACAGAGCCCUGAAAGUCAUGAAAAAGAAGUCUGAAAAGGAAAUCAAAAAGGAGAAAGGGAAAAAUGACAGCAGCAAAGAGGAGGAAAAGAAGAGCAAGAAGGAAUUGGCUAAGGAUGAAAAGAGCAAGAAGGAGAAGAAAAAAGAUAGUGAAAAAGAAGAGUCUAAGAAAGAGAAGAAGGAUGAAACUCCAGGAACACCAAAGAAGAAAAAAGAAACAAAAAGAAAAUUUAAGUUGGAACCGCACAAUGACCAACUUUUCCUUGAUGGGAAUGAGAUAUACGUGUGGAUCUAUGAUCCUGUUCAUUUCAAGACUUUUGCGAUGGGACUGAUAUUAGUUAUUGCAGUGAUAGCUGCCACAUUGUUCCCACUGUGGCCAGCAGAGAUGAGAGUAGGUGUUUACUACCUCAGCGUUGCGGCAGGCUGUUUUGUGGCCAGCAUCCUUCUCCUGGCAGUGGCUCGAUGCAUUCUCUUCCUCUUAAUCUGGCUCCUGACCGGUGGCCGACACCAUUUCUGGUUUUUGCCAAAUCUGACUGCAGAUGUUGGCUUCAUUGACUCCUUCAGGCCCCUGUACACACACGAGUACAAAGGGCCCAAGUCGGACUCCAAGAAACCUGGUGAGGAGACGAGCCCCGAGAUACCCCAGCCUGGCGAAGAGGAAGCCAAAGAGGGAGAGGGAGAGGAGUCGGCGAAAGGAGCGGAGGGAGUGGCGGCGGGUAGUCCAGCUGCGGAGCGACCGUCUGACACGGACAGCGACCGGAGAGAUGAAGACUGCUCCCAGCACAGCAGCGGCAAUGGGAAUGACUUUGAAAUGAUCACAAAAGAAGAACUGGAUCAGCCCACAGACGACGAGGAAGAAGACGAAGAGGAGGAUGAGGAUGAAGAUGAUGAGACACAACCACUACACAUGUCAGAAGAACAUCCAUACCAAGGCUGGAUGUAGUUGUGGAUGUUUACACUGGAAACUAAACACAUCAGACACCAUGCCGUCUGCAGUGGAGAUAUUUGUAUCUAAUCAGUGGUGGCUGGAUUCAAGUUUAGAUUCUCG